AGCAAAGCAUCUCGGGAAAUGUGUGUCCGCUGGGCGCCAUAUUGGAGCAACAACUAUUGUUAUAAAUUGAGACGGGGCUGCUGCUGGCUGAGUUUAUAUGUUUUCUGCGCGUUUGUUCUGAAAAUAGUUGGACAUUUCUACGCAAGGUCAUGAAAGAGAUGUCAACAACUGGUAACAGCGCGCUUGGCGGGCAGCAGCCUCAGAAACAUUAUGGCAUCACAUCUUCUAUCAGUCUGGCCUAUCCCAGAGAGAUAGACCAUAUCUACACUCAGAAGCUCAUAGAGGCUAUGAAACCAUUUGGAGUGUUUGAGGGUGAAGAUGAGCUCAGUCACAGGCUUGCAGUUCUUGGAAAGCUGAAUACUUUUGUGAAGGAGUGGAUUGCAGAGAUCAGUGAAUCAAAGAAUAUUCCACCAUCAGCAGUGGCGAAUGUUGGUGGCAAAAUCUUUACUUUUGGGUCAUACAGGUUGGGAGUGCACACAAAAGGUGCUGAUAUAGAUGCUUUGUGUGUUGCCCCACGUCACGUUGAAAGGAUUGACUUUUUUUCAUCCUUCUUUGAAAAACUUAAACAGCAUGAUGAGAUUAAGGAUCUACGGGCUGUGGAAGAUGCAUUUGUACCAGUGAUCAAAUUCAAGUUUGAUGGCAUUGAGAUUGAUCUGCUGUUUGCAAGGCUCGCUCUGCAGUCCAUUCCAGAUAACCUGGACCUAAGAGGAGACUCUCUCCUCAGAAACCUGGACAUUAGAUGUAUUCGCAGUCUAAACGGUUGCCGUGUUACUGAUGAGAUUCUGUAUUUGGUGCCGAAUAAGGAGAAUUUCAGAUUGACAUUGAGAGCAAUUAAGUUGUGGGCCAAACGCCGUGGAAUCUAUUCCAACAUGCUAGGCUUUCUGGGUGGAGUUUCCUGGGCUAUGCUGGUGGCCAGAACAUGUCAGCUGUACCCAAAUGCUGUUGCUGCCACGCUAGUGCACAAGUUCUUCCUGGUCUUCUCUAAAUGGGAAUGGCCAAACCCUGUGCUUCUGAAACAGCCUGAGGACAGCAAUUUGAAUCUACCAGUCUGGGAUCCACGGGUGAAUCCAUCAGACAGGUACCACCUGAUGCCAAUCAUCACUCCUGCAUACCCACAACAGAACUCGACCUACAAUGUGUCGACUUCAACACGCACCAUCAUGAAUGAAGAGUUCAAGAAUGGUCUCACUGUUACAGAUGAAAUUCUUCUGGGUAAGGCUGAUUGGUCCAAGUUGUUUGAACCACCCAACUUUUUCCAGAAGUACAAGCAUUACAUUGUCCUCACUGCCAGUGCAUCCACUGAGGAAAACCACCUAGAAUGGAUUGGACUGGUGGAAUCAAAGAUAAGAGUUUUAGUGGGAAAUUUGGAGCGCAAUGAGUACAUCACCCUUGCCCAUGUGAACCCACAGUCUUUUCCUGGGUCAAAAGAGAACCGCAACGAGAAUGAAUUUGUGUCCAUGUGGUUUAUUGGAAUCAACUUCAAAAAACUUGACAAUUCUGACUGUGUGAAUAUUGACUUGACUUACGACAUCCAGUCCUUCACAGACACUGUUUAUAGGCAGGCAAGCAACAUCAACAUGCUGAAGGAUGGCAUGACCAUUGAGGCCACACACGUGAAGAAAAAACAGUUGCACCAUUACCUGCCUCCUGAACUUGUACAGAGGAAAAAGAAGAGUUUGGGAGAUAUUAACCGGAGUUCAAAUGGUGGUGGGACAAAGCGCUGCUCACUGGACAGCAGUCAGCUGGACAGCUCCAGGGACACAGACACAGGCACCCCGUUCAGCUCACCUACACCAGUCAGCAAACCAUGCCAGCAAAUUUCCACACCUGAAGACAGUAGUAUUAGCCCACCCAAUAAUUCAGUCCUUGUAUUCGUGGACAGCUCCCAAGCAUCAGAACUGUCUCCUCCUAAACCAGAACAGGGAAUGUCCAUUCCAGUCAUCGGCUCCAAGCCCAUGGCCACUCCAGUCACCAAGCCUACAGCACCCCCCGCUGGCAACACCAUUCCCACAGUGGUGGGCCGCAGUGUGAUACCACGCAUGACCUCAUCCUCCUUUAGCUCCACUGAACUGCCCAACAGCAUUAAUGGAAUUGCACCAAAGAGACCUCACUCUCCAUCUCUGGAGGAGCCACCUAAGAAACACAAAGAUACAGAGGUGUUCUCUGAUGACUCUGCGUUUAAAGAGCCUUACCCUCUGACUAGCAAUGGCCUGGAUAGGGGAGACGGGCCAACAGUGGAGGCUCUUGCUGUAACAAAACCUAUGCCCAUACCAACAAUUGAUACAUCAAGGACACAGAGACUACCCAGUAAAGAGCUUCCAGAUGCAUCUUCACCAGUCCCAACCACAAGCAACCUCCGUGUGAUUAAAAACUCUAUCAGGCUCACACUUAACCGAUAGCAGUAUGCUCUCUACAGGUAACACUGAUUGUUGCUGCCCCUCAUGGGUUUGCCCUUUUAAUCUGUUUUCCCCUCCUUUUCAAACAUAUGUCUGCACAGGUCAUCCCUCAAUGAGUGGGAUCCCCUUUUGUGUAACAGCAGUGCUGCUUUUAAUCUGCUACUGAUGUUCGACUGGUCUUCCUGCUUGUUUCAAAGUUAUAAGUGUAAAGUAUUGGAGUAUUCUUUUUUUUUUUUUUUUUUUUUUUAUGCCUUACUAUGUCAGAAUGCUUGCUUGAUAAACAUCUAUUUGAGCUUUUGAAACAACUUGUACAGUAGAUGUAGUUUGUAUAUAACUUUAAAAUCAUUGUUAGUCUUUCUAUGCCACCUUAAUGUUUUUAUUAACAAAAAAAAAAAGUUAAAAAAAAAAUUGUCCUGUUUGUUGCUGUCAAUCAAAUUCUUCAUUGUUUGUCAGAGGUUUUUCCCUGCAGUCUUUUGUAUUCACUGUAUUGGUUCUGGUACAGUUUCUGGGAGGACCUUUUGUGUGGGGUGCAUGUGUAUGCGUGUGUAGAAGGACCAUCGCUAGUAACUAAUCCAUGACCCAGUUACCCAUCACAAUCAACUCUGCAGCCACUCCAAAGUUCAGUUUACUGCUCAAGAGCAAAAUAACUGUAUUGUAUCUGUGAUUGUCGAUGGUUUGUUGGGCCACUUUUUCAAGGCAGUUUGCUGCAAGGUUUGGAUUGGUUAUUUUGCUAAAUGAUUACAGAAUGAGUGUUUGGUUUUGUGUGGGCAUGUGCAUGAUUGUAAUCCCCUGCAUCUAGGACAUCACCCUUGUGCCUCCCAUGGAGGUUUGAAUGGUAGUGUCUCCUAAACUUCAAGAACAGAGACUAAAUUAGAUUUCUGCCCACUUUCUGAUUUCCAUGAAUUUCCUCUUAUUUUAUUUUUUAUUUUUUUCUGCCACUGUCCUGCCCUGUUGUGGUGAGCAGAGAUGUAUCUGUGGAUUAAAAUAAAAACACACAACCAAUUUAUUACACACAACAAGGCUUAUAAUUCAUUUGGGGGUUUCUUAACAUUUUAUUUAUUUGUACCAUUAUAAUUUUUAUCACAUGCAUUGCAGUUCUAGACAUCAUUUGCAUCACACAUUUUCCUGUUACCUUUAGGACAAUUAUUUAAAAAAAAAAAAAAAAAACUUGUCAUUCUUUUUUUUGUAGGGCAAAAGUUGUAUUUCAAAUGGUAUUUUUGUAUCCUAUGUAAACUGCCUUUACAUUCAAGAACAUAAAAAUUCACAAAACCCCA